AACAUCCAUAAAGUGAAAGGCAACGCAUAGAAGAGCCAUCACUCACAAACAAAGGAAAAGGCAGAAAAAAAAAGUCUCCAAAACAUUCUUCUCUUUGGCCUUUACUCAAAACCCACACAUAUAUCUUCCUCUGGCUUUCUCUUUGUCGGAACUCAUGGACGCUACGAAGUGGACACAGCUCUUUCGGUUUCAAUGUUCUAGGGCUUUCAAGAAAUGAUGAACAUUAAACCAAUGGACCAAAUCAUGAUUCCUAAUAACAACAACACACAUCAAUCAACCACCACCUCCAGUGCAAGGCCAAGCACCAUUCUCACACCUAACGGCGUCUCAGCCGCUGGAGCCACCGUCUCUAGCGUAAGCAACAACAACAACAAUACCGCGGUCGUGGUAGAGAGGAAAGCAAGACCACAAGAGAAACUAAAUUGUCCAAGAUGUAACUCAACCAACACAAAGUUUUGUUACUACAACAACUAUAGUCUAACACAACCAAGAUACUUCUGCAAAGGUUGUCGAAGGUAUUGGACCGAAGGUGGAACUCUUAGGAAUGUCCCUGUCGGGGGAAGCUCAAGAAAGAACAAGAGAUUAUCUUCUUCUUCUUCUUCAUCAAACAUCCUUCAGACAACACCAUCUUCACUUGGUUUGACUACAACACUUCCAGAUCUAAACCCACCAAUUCUCUUCUCAAACCAAAUCCCCAAUAAAUCAAUAGGGUCAUCACAGGAUCUCAACUUGUUGUCUUUCCCGGUCAUGCAAGAUCAGCAUCAUCGUGUUCACAUGUCUCAGUUUCUUCACAUGCCUAAGAUGGAAGGAAAUGGCAACAUAACUCAUCAGCAGCCUUCAUCAUCAUCCUCUCUCUAUGGUUCUUCUCCUGUUUCAGCUCUUGAGCUUUUAAGAAGAGGAGUUAGUGUUUCUCCAAACUCAGUUAUGCCUUCUGGUCCAAUGAUGGAUUCAUCAAACAAUGUGAUGUACACUUCCUCAGGAUUUCCAACAAUGGUGGAUUACAAGCCAAGUAAUCUCUCUUUCUCUACUGAUCAUCAUCAAGGGACUGGACACAACAACCACAAUAGGUCAGAUGAUGCUAAUCAUCAAGGUAGGGUUUUGUUUCCAUUUGGGGAUCAAAUGAAGGAGCGUUCAUCAAGCAUAACACAAGAAGUUGAUCAUGAUGAUAAUCAACAACAGAACAGUCAUGGUAACAAUAAUAAUAAUAAUAAUAAUAAUAAUAUUGCUUCAAUCCCUAAUAAUGGAUACUGGAGUGGGAUGUUCAGUACUACAGGAGGAGGUUCUUCAUGGUGAAGCAAAAUGAUCAAAAGAGAUUAUGACAUUAGAUUUCUAAUUCUCUUUCAUGAUCUUUUGCCUUACAUAGUCACAUGGGCAACUUUAGUUAAAGUUGUCAGAACUCAGAACUGAGCUAACACAACAGUCUUUUAUUCUCCUUAUUUUUCUAGGUUUUUAUUUUGUUUAAAUAUAUAUUUCUUUUUUUAAAAAAAAUCUCUAUAAUUUUGAUGUUAAUUUGGGUUUGUUUGGUCACUUUGAUUUAUUGAUACGUAGCAUAUAUGACUAUAUGUAUAACGGUUGUGUAUGGUUAGAAGAAUAUGUGAAUA